AUGUCAAGUGGCUUUGUAGCACUGCUUCAAAUGGCUCAAACCACACCAAAGAUAUGGGUUUCGGUACUGAUUUUCUUGCUCAUAACCACUGUGGGCAGCUUGGAAGCCAAAGACACAAGGAUGGAAGAGACCAACAUGGUGUUCUACAUGCAAGACUGGGAGACGGGCCCGAACGCGACUGGAGUCUGGAUUGCCGGACUUAAUGGCAUUGGUUCACUUCCAACAAGUUUCGGGACCAUCGUGGUGUUCAACGACGCAAUCACCGUAGACGUUGAUCGGCACUCAAAGCAGAUAGGACGAGCGCGAGGUAUAUUUGUUGCAUCGGCCUUGGACGGGACCGCUGCACAAUUCAUGUUCUCGAUCUGGUUCACCGAUGGAGAGUACAAAGGGAGUACGCUACAGAUACAAGGUUUGGAGAUCUACUUCACCGAGGAUAAGGAGUUGGUGGCGCGUAGGGAGCUGUCAGUGGUCUCUGGGACGGGCUUGUUCCGAUAUGCAAGGGGCUACGUCGUGUUCGAAAAUGCCUUCGUGGACGUUCCCAACUUCAAUACCGUGUUCAAGCUGACUGUCACUGUUCGCCAUUAUACCGAUGAGUUCAUGACUCUGCCCGAUCUGUCUGAAAUCUACUAG